AAGCGCAAGCGGCAGUAGACUUGGAUUCGGACCUUGGGCGCGGAAUUGCCUUCUGAGAUGUGGAUUGGCGUGGAGAUUUUUUGCGAGAGCGUGGGGACGGAAAGCUGACGCGAAGGAUUACUGCUGGCCUUGGGUUUGACGCUGUGCUGCGUCGCGUGCUACAAUUAUUUGGUUGCGCACCGGUUAGCGGGAAAUGUUGUCUUUGCCGAAGUCAUCACGCUGCCGAACGGCAUGUCAAAGGGAUGCGGCAUUGUUGAGUAUUCCACGCAGGCGGAGGCAAGAAAGGCGAUCGAUACGCUAAACGAGACGCAACUUAACGGACGCACUGUCUUCAUUCGAGAGGACCGAGAAGACGAGGCGCGCUACGGCCAACCUGCAUCGCCCUUUGGCCGAGGCGGAAUGAUGAUGGGCAUGCCCAUGGGUGGACGUGGAGGCUUCAUGGGUGGUCGAGGGGGCAUGAUGGGUGGUAUGGGUGGUAUGGGUGGUAUGGGCGGUAUGGGCGGCGGCGCUGCGCUCUUCAUCAAUAAUCUCCCGUACGAAGCUGGCUGGCAAGAUCUCAAGGACCUGAUCAGACAAGCAGGCGGUACGCCCAUUCGUGCGGACGUCAACCAAGGGCCCGAUGGUCGCUCCAAGGGAAGUGGUACGGUCACAGUCGCCGACCCUGGCGAAGCACAAGUCUGCAUCCAGCAGCUCAACGGUUACAAUUGGAACGGCAGGAACCUUGAAGUCAGAUUGGACCGCUUCGCCCCUGGCGGAAUGGGCAUGGGAAUGGGCAUGGGAGGCAUGGGCAUGAUGGGUGGCUAUGGCGGCAACAGCUACGGUGGUGCUGGUGGCUUCCGCGGCGGCUUUGGGGGCCGUGGCGGCAUGCGUGGUGGGUUCUCCGGAAGUCGCAGUGGCCCGGGCAGCUUUGGCGGCGGUGGAGGCGGUGGCAGCAGCAGCAGCGCCGCACCACUGCCACCAUCGGAGCCAAGCACGCAGAUCUUCGUCAAGAACCUACCGUGGUCGACAUCAGACGAGGACCUCGUCGAGCUCUUCCAGACCAUCUCGCGCGUAGAGGAGGCGGAGAUUCUCUUCGAAGGCGGCCGAUCGAAGGGCCAGGGCGUCGUCCAAUUCAGCUCGGCCGAGGACGCAGAGACGGCGAUCACGAAGUUCAACCAUUAUGUCUACGGUGGUCGGGCAUUGGAGAUCGAGUUCAACAGGCACUUCAAGGUCUUCGGCGGUGCGCGAGGCGGUCAAUGAAUGCACAAAUAUCUCUCCAUGCCGCUUGCGAGUCUGGUUUGUUCAAUGCUGUGGGUCCACCAAAAUGUAAAACAAGCUCCGUCACAGUCAUCCUUUCACAUGCAAGUUGUCUAUCCACUGCAUGGCGGAUGUGCCUCUACUUGCGCUCAAUCUUUACAAUCAAAUCUUUACCCAAACGCUCAACCUCUGCGAGGAUCGCCGCUUGGUUGAUGCGAAUCGACUUGGCCUUUGCUUCCUUCUGCGCAUCAGCCUUCAUAACGGGCUCGCUGGAGAAGCCAAGCGCGACCUUGUGCGGCCGCUCGUUGCUCAGCGCCGGAUUCCAAAGCCCCGCAAUGGUCGUACCGCCGUGCGGGUCGUAGAAAACUUUGAAGCUAUCGCCGUAGAGGUGCUGGAAAGCGAUGUCAAAAGGAGUCAGCCUGACUUGUCGCUCAAAGAGUAGAUAUCAAACUCUCGACUGUAC